AUAUAUUUUUUAAAAUCCAGCAAUAGAUAUUGUGCCACAGCCAAACGUGCUCCGAGUCUACAUCUCCCUCUGCUCCCCCUUCUCCACUCUCUCCGCUUCACAUUUUCCUUCCAUUGGAAUUCACAGAAUCUCGUCUCGUUUCCCGAAUGCAGCCCUGAAACAAACGCCUUCUUGAAUCGCCGUUAUCGUUUAUUUUCAAAGAUUCUUUCUUUUCGCUCUUGAUUCAAAUGGGAACUCUCACGAGCUGUAGUUUUACGCCCGUGGAUUUCAAGUUCCUUUCAAUCCCUCGUUCCGGUGCUCCCAGAGGGAGAUUUCGGUUCCCGGAGCUGACCGGUUCCAGGAAUUCAUGUUUCUUGUGCAGAGAAAUAUCGUAUAGGUUGAGGAGGAAGACUUUGUACAGAAAUUUAGGUAGGUUUAGGUGUUUUAGCGUUGACAAUGGAAGCAAUGGAGAUGGAGAGAGUGGUAGUGACGCUUCGAGAGAUUCGAAUGCGGCGGCAACGACGACGACCGAACAUGAAGAAGCGGCAGAGGAGUUCAAUGCGGAGAAAACGACGCCUCCUGCUUCUGUUUCAUCGAGGCCACCAAGUAUAUCUCCGGUUGGACAAUCUUACAAUAACUUCCAAGUUGACUCUUUUAAACUGAUGGAACUCCUUGGACCCGAGAAGGUUGAUUCUGCUGAUGUAAAGUUGAUUAAGGAAAAGCUUUUUGGCUAUUCUACCUUCUGGGUCACUAAAGAAGAACCAUUUGGAGACCUUGGUGAGGGCAUUCUGUUCCUUGGAAAUUUAAGGGGAAAGAGGGAAGAGGUGUUUGCCAAACUUCAAAGUCAGCUGGUCGAGGUCACAGGUCAUAAGUACAACCUUUUUAUGGUUGAGGAACCCAAUUCAGAAGGACCCGACCCACGUGGCGGUCCACGUGUUAGCUUUGGUUUGCUGCGAAAAGAGGUUUCAGAGCCGGGACCAACUACACUUUGGCAGUAUGUGAUUGCUCUCUUGUUAUUCCUUCUAACCAUUGGUUCCUCUGUGGAGUUAGGAAUUGCAUCUCAGCUCAAUCGGCUUCCACCAGAGGUUGUGAAAUACUUCACAGAUCCAAAUGCUAUUGAACCACCAGACAUGGAACUGCUAUUUCCAUUUGUGGAGUCUGCUUUGCCCCUAGCAUAUGGUGUUUUGGGAGUCUUAUUGUUUCAUGAAGUUGGGCACUUUUUGGCUGCUUUCCCGAAGAAAGUAAAGCUAAGCAUUCCUUAUUUCAUUCCCAACAUUACCCUUGGCAGCUUUGGUGCAAUUACUCAGUUCAAAUCUAUUCUUCCUGAUCGGAGUACACAAGUUGACAUAUCGAUUGCUGGUCCAUUUGCUGGUGCUGCACUGUCUUUUUCAAUGUUUGCUGUUGGGCUAUUGCUCUCAUCAAAUCAAGAUGCUGCAGGAGAUUUGGUGCAGGUUCCAAGCACGUUGUUUCAAGGUUCUUUGCUUCUUGGACUCAUCAGUAGAGCUACUCUUGGUUAUGUAGCAAUGCAUGCUGCAACAGUUUCAAUUCAUCCUCUCGCAAUUGCAGGAUGGUGUGGCUUAACAACAUCUGCUUUUAAUAUGCUUCCAGUAGGGUGCCUUGACGGUGGAAGAGCUGUGCAGGGUGCUUUUGGAAAAAGUGCGCUAAUUGGAUAUGGUCUGACGACUUACACAUUGCUUGGAUUGGGUGUGCUUGGUGGACCUUUGUCACUUCCUUGGGGACUAUACGUGCUAAUAUGUCAGAGAAAUCCAGAAAAGCCUUGCUUAAAUGACGUGACAGACGUUGGAACAUGGAGGAAAGCACUUGUUGUGGCGGCUAUUUUCCUGGUUGUGUUGACGCUUCUUCCUGUAUGGGAUGAGCUUGCAGAGGAGAUAGGUAUAGGUCUUGUGACUACGUUUUGAUGUAAUACGUGUAGAGCAAACCUAAUUUUUGACUUCAAAUCUAAUUCAUUAUCAAUUGCUAUAUAGCUUGGUGAGUCAUGCAACUUUGUAAUUA